UUUAAAAUUUUCUUUUUGUUUUAUUUUCUUUUACACAUUUUACUUUAUUUAUUCCGUACGUAAAAUAAAAGCCACUGUAUCUCUUUCACUGUGCCCACUCACACCACUAACACUCGUCUUCUCUCCACAAGCUGCCGCCGCCGCUUCACAAAAUGACAUCGUCGCCGUCCACCGAGGCCCUCAUCCUAAAGCUCCACGAAAUCUCGGCCGUCAAAUUCGGCAACUUCAAACUCAAAUCCGGCAUCUCCUCCCCCAUCUACAUAGACCUGCGCCUCAUCGUAUCAUACCCGUCCCUCCUCCUCCAAAUCUCCAAAACCCUAAUCUCCACCGUCCCUUCCUCCACGCGCCACGACCUCAUCUGCGGCGUCCCCUACACAGCCCUCCCCAUCGCUACCUGCAUCAGCACCUCCCAUGACAUCCCCAUGCUCAUGCGCCGCAAGGAGGUCAAGGACUACGGCACCGCCAAGGCCAUUGAAGGCGUCUUCAAGCCCGACCAGGUCUGCCUCAUCAUUGAGGACUUGGUUACCAGCGGCGCGUCGGUUUUGGAGACCGCCGCGCCUCUACGCGCAGCCGGGUUGAAGGUCCAGGACGCCGUCGUUUUGAUCGACCGGGAACAAGGGGGGAGGGAGAAUUUGGAGGAGAACGGGAUUCGAUUGCACUCGCUGUUUCGGUUGAGCGAGAUGGUUAGGGUUUUGAAGGAGAAGGGGAAGGUUGCGGAGGAGGUGGAGGGCGUUGUGUUGAGGUUUUUGGAGGAGAACCGGAAGGUAGCCGCGCCGGCUUUGCCAAAAAAUGUGGAAAAAGUUAAGAUUAGGGGUUUAGGGUUUGAGGAGAGAGCGAAGCUGACGAAGAAUCCGACUGGGAAGAGGCUUUUUGAGGUGAUGGUGAAGAAGCAGAGCAAUUUGAGUCUGGCUGCUGAUGUUGGGACCGCCAAGGAGUUGCUUGAGAUUGCUGAGAAGGUUGGACCUGAAAUAUGUUUAUUGAAAACCCAUGUUGAUAUAUUGCCUGAUUUCACCUCAGAUUUUGGCUCUAAACUUCGCAAGAUUGCAGAGAAACAUAAUUUCUUAAUUUUUGAAGAUCGCAAGUUUGCAGACAUUGGUAAUACAGUAACAAUGCAGUAUGAAGGAGGUAUAUUCCAUAUAUUGGAGUGGGCUGACAUAGUAAAUGCUCACAUAAUCUCUGGUCCUGGGAUAGUCGAUGGACUGAAAUUGAAGGGUUUGCCACGUGGUAGGGGCCUGUUGCUGCUUGCUGAAAUGAGCUCGGCCGGUAACCUUGCCAAGGGAGACUACACAGCUGCUGCAGUGAAGAUUGCCGAAGAGCAUUCUGACUUUGUGAUUGGCUUCAUUUCAGUUAAUCCAGCAUCAUGGCCAGGGGCACCAGUAAAUCCGGCUUUCAUCCAGGCAACCCCUGGAGUGCAACUGGUGACUGGUGGUGAUGCUCUUGGCCAGCAAUAUAACACUCCAAAAUCUGUAAUCUAUGAUAGAGGUAGUGACAUCAUAAUUGUGGGGCGUGGAAUUAUAAAGGCUGCAAACCCUGCUGAGGCAGCCCGCGAAUACCGUCUUCAAGGAUGGGAUGCAUAUCUGGCUAAAUGCAGCAGCAGCUAAGAUUUCUAUUAGGGUUUUCACCCUUGUUUCGCUUAUGUUUUACAUGAUUGCUAAUUUACGGAGUUAAUUAUGAUUCACAUGAAUGUGUGGUGUGGUGUUUGUGAAACCAGAGGACCUGAUUUUUCUGGUAUCAAUGUAUUUUUGGAAAAUCUUUGAGUUUUACAUUAUGGGAUGGGAGCUAUAAAAGUUUUCCUCUUGGCCACAAUGUUUUCCACAUUCUACUGAAGUUAACUUGUGUACCCAAGCUUGUAAUGGAAAAGAAAAAAGAGACAUGCUGCUCCAACGAGUCAUGCCUUUCUAUUUGGAGUCAUCUGAUGGCAAUUCAGGUUGAUAGACGUCAUCAUCGAAGUUUACAGAAUGGGAGGCCUCUUUUGCCAUAAUCGCCAUAAUCUUAUUUGGUUUCUCUUUGAACCACGCUCUUCUAGCUGGAGUUUUGAUUGUUGAAGUGUCCACCAUCAUAAUCGUAACCCUAAUAUCUUUUGUACUCUGGUUAAUCUCUUUCAAAGACAUCAUGACUUUAGCCAUAUCAUUGUCUUGAUCUGUGAGAUCGUGCAUAAUAAUACCCUUUCCUUUUUGCUCUUUAGCCUUUUAGCUUCCAAUAGGCCUGUCGGGGGUUUGAGGUGGAGGAGAUUGAAAAUCAUUAAAAAGUUUCCACUUCUCGCCAUGUUGUGUAAUUGCCCAACAAUGGUCAAGAAGAAAAGGUCGGCCUUCAAU